AUGCCCCUGGCCAACUGCUCCAUGCACAGCGCGGCGGUGGAGGGGUCGGUGGCUGUGCUGCUCGUGCUGGAGUGCGGGCUGGGCCUCGUGGGCAAUGCCAUCGCGCUGUGGACAUUCUGCUUCCGUCUGAAGGUGUGGAAGCCCUACGCCGUCUACCUGUUCAACCUGGUCAUCGCCGACCUCCUGCUGACCCUCUGCCUGCCCUUCCAUGCAGCCUCCUACCUGACACACAAGACCUGGAGCCUUGGACUCUCGGCCUGCCAAACCCUCAUCUUCCUGCGGGCCCUCAGCCGCGGGGUGGGCGUUGCCUUCCUCACGGCCGUGGCUUUAGACCGUUAUCUCCGAGUGGUCCACCCGAGGCUCAAGGUCAACCUUCUGUCCCUGCGGGCAGCCUGGGGCAUCUCCAUCCUCGUCUGGCUCCUGAUGGCAGCCCUCAGCCACCAGAGCUUGUUCAUCUCGGAGGCUGCGUGCCCCACUUUCGAGCCCCAAGGAGAUUUCUCCUUCAGCGUUAUCUGGCAGAAAGUGUUCUUCCUCCUCCAAAUUAUUCUUCCCUUUGGCCUCAUCUUGGUCUGCAACGCCAGGAUCAUCAGGAUUCUCCAGAAGAGGCUCCGAGACCCCGACAAGCAGCCCAAGCUGCAGAGGGCCCAGGCGCUGGUGGCCGUGGUCGUGGUGCUGUUUGCCCUGUGCUUUCUGCCCAGCUUCGUGGCCCAAAUCUUGCUGACCAUCUUCUGGAGGUUGGACAGCUGCAGGGUCCGGAGAGCCCUGGAGCACUUGUCCGAGGUGACCAGCAGCCUCACCUACCUGCAGAGCGUGCUGAACCCGGUGGUGUACUGCUUCUCGAACCCCACCUUCAGACUCUCCUAUCGCAAGGUCUUCUACACACUCAGAGGCCGAGGGCAGGAAGCAGAGGCCACGGGCUGCGACCUCAAAGACUCCUACUCGUGAGGACAGCGAGCUCCCUCACCCCCGUGUGGAUGAGAAACCCCUGGGAUCUAAGUAAGAAUGGCCAUGAGGCAGGAUUCUUGAGACUCCACCACAAAGAUCGGGGAACAGACUUGGACAUAACUGCCCCAAAUGGCACUAAAUAUUUUCUUUUCCAGGAUUUUCUUCUGCUGUUUUACGUAACUAGAGCAGCAGAUCAAAAUUAGGAGGCUGGGCCUCCCUUUAUACACGAUGAGGAGGAAAUGGCUAAAUUGAAGACUCCAGCAGCCACUACACACCCAUUCUCGAGUUAAAGGGCCUGGAUGGACGAGCAACAGAGGAGGAGAGGCUGCGAGCUCGUUUCAUUCUCACUCUGGUCUCGGCAAGUCGGUUUCAUCUCUGUGCUUCAGAUUGUAAAUACCCAAAAUCUCUGCUUUCUUCUCACCUAUUGCACAGACUGGUGACAACCGACACGGGAAAGUCAGGACUUUGGGGUUCUGCGAAGAGAUUCAGGGUAUGUAAGUUGUCUUCCACGCUAGGCUCUCCUGAGCACAUAAGGUUUUUAGUUUUAUAAAAUCUCACUGCAUUUGUAUAGAUGAUACUCCACAGCAAAGACAACGCAGUUAGUUCCCUGGUUUAUUAUAAGAAACAUUUUCUUACUAAAUUUCUCAAAAUGGCCUCUAGAACUGUUGUUUUUUCUUUUUCACUUUGAAUGCCUAAAUGCCUUUACAAUUUACUUUGCCUCCCCCGCUAAUAAAGACAGUCAGUACUUUAUGCUUCCCGGUGUGAGAUACCGAAGUGCCUGUGAACUGGUG